AUGGAAGCUGCCAAGUGCCUGAGGGAGACUGGACGCUUUGAAGAAGCUUUGCGCAACUUCACGGAGGCUUACCAGAAGCACUUGAAGGAUUUGAAUCGACCGCAUCUAGGUUUUUCAGCCAUAUUUCCGCUCUUUUUUGCAUCCCUGCGCAGCGGCCGCGAUGUUUCAGCCACAAGCUGCGGCCGAGCACAGCUGGUGCGAUGUGAGGAUCACAUUACAGAUGCGUUCGCAUGCUGCCGCUCCUUGUUGGAAUCCCUUGCCUCUGACUUCGGGACACAAAUACCGCAAUGUCCUUCAGACAGCGGUGCUAAGCAGAAAUUUGUUCACGAGCUUUGCGCACAAGCAGGUAUUUGUUUAGACAUGGUCCGGCUUGGCCGUGUCUACCGAAAGAAGAGGCGGAUGUUGAUGGAAAGGGUCACCGGAUCAAACUUGCUGGACAGCAUGAGCAAUGCGCCCAGCACACCAGCAAGUAGCCAUCUUGAAGCCACGCCGCGAACGCCAGCAACACCAGCGGCUGGAAGUGCUGAGUACCAAAAACUCAUGUCGUCUGGUUUUCUACGAGCCGGGUCUUUAUUAAGAUCCGUGCAGGUAGAGAUGGAUGAAUUGCAUGAAGAAGCUCAACGUUAUGCAGCGGACCUGAAGCAGGGCAAGGUGGCGGAAGGGAAGGAAGCUCUUCACGGUGUUGCACAGGACGGAACUAUUGACCAGGAGCUGCUGCAGACCUUUGGCAGUUUUUUAGACCUGCAGUUGUUGCCCCUCUACGUGCGCGACGUGCCACUGGAAUAUGUGGGAGAGACACUUCUUCAUUAUUGCGGAAUUUCAUUGGACGAGGAGGACGAAAUCAAGGCAAGACAAGUGUUGGGCUGCCCUCCGCGACAAAAAACACAGAAGAAACACUUGGGAAAGCAAAUCUCUGACACAUCGAUGCCAGCCACACCAUCAAGUCAGGGAUCCGCCAUGGAGCCAUCUCUCAUGCAGAUCGUCCAGGCCUCUGGCCAGGAAAGAAAACUGCGAGAUCAGAUGUCGAACUCUGUGGUGGAAAAGCGACGGUUUGGUCUUUUGGCUCAUCCAGACUUGAAGAUCCCUCGUGAUGUGGCAACGCCCGCGUUGGCUCACAAACGCAAGGAUGCUUUAGAUGCUCCGUCCACACCAGAAAGGAAGAAGAAAAGGCUGGCAGCCGCAACUGUGGGGCCAACUCCACGAGUGUCUCGCGCUUUGCUGAUGUCGCCAGAACUGGCAACCCCAGAACCUUGUCUUGCUGACGAUUCUCCAGUGCGUUGGCGAUUUGCUGAGAGUGUGCCAGUUGAGCCCACUGCGGCGGAAACUGAGGUGGUCCAAGCAGAGCCCGAGAAAGCACUAGAAGCUGUCAAGCAAGCAGCAACGAAUCCAGAGCCAAGGGCACCGGAUCCGCCAGAAGGAGAAAUCAUCGCAGAAGCUUCCGAAGCUGGAACGCUGUCGCAGAAGGGCGCAGCAACAGCAAUUGAUGAAACCAAACAAUCUGCGACUGGAACUUCCAGGCCGAGUGUUGAGCCCCAAGUGCAAGAUGUCGAAACAGAAGAUGUGAAGGUGCCGGAAGUGGUUGCGGCAAUGCCGAAGCAAAAGGAAGAUCAGGUGCCUGCAGUGGCCUCUGAGGUGAAGCAAGACACGGCACAAGCGGAGGCUUGUCAGGCCACAGACGACGAGCCAAAGCAGCCAGCAUCCUCUCCGCCGCAACCAGCCUUUGUGAAGGCCAACAGGCCAGAUCUCAAAGGUUAUGUUGCUGUGCCUGUACAGUUGGGCGACGCAAAACCAGCAGAGGAGAAAGGUGUGGCAGCUGUCGCAGCUCCUACCGGGAAACAACACUCCGCAGAGGUUCAUUGUGCCGGUUCUGGACCCUUGCCCAGCAAGACCGCUGGACCCCCUCAACCACGGUCUUCGCGAGAAACAUCAAGGAAGCCCUUGUCUGAAUUAUCUCCGCAAAGAUUGGGAGACGUUCCCUGGCAAAGUGCAGCUGGAAUCCAAGGCCCGUAUCCAAGUGCGCUGCCACCUCGCCCUCCUGGACAAAUGGGUGCAGAUACCAGUUCACCGCCUCCAGGUGCUCGUUGGCCAGAGUUGCAGAGGCCUCCAGCAUUCCUGCGCGAGAGCUUUAAUCUUGGAGGAUCAAGCGCCGGUGACAUCAAUGGAUUUGCUGGCAUGCCGCCUGCGUGGCAGGGCAAUGGAGGAUGGCGGGCGCGAGAUCAGGGCGAGGAGGAUUUGAUGCUCCAAAGGGCUUACGAGGUCUACCGUCAACAGCAACUGGAGCUCCUUCGGUCAUGAACGAAUGCUCAGGUCUGCUGUGAGUUUUUGUGCAUCCAGCCACUUCACCU